UCGUUGUUCGCUGUGUUUCACGACUGACAGUCCAAAACAUCAAAGAAUUGUAAACUCAUUUUGCUAGACAUUAUUUCUAGUAUUUUUGUGAAUUACAAACUUUGAACGAAUUUGUUUCACUAUCGUUAAAAAAACGUCGUGAGUUUUUGUAAGCAUGUAUGCUUCCGCGAUAAAUUCCGAACCGUUCUGGGGAAAUGGUCCGAGUCCCGGAGCAUUCUACAAUUUUCCAGGUGCCGGUAUCAAAAGCGGAGAUAUAUCGAAUGGAAUAGUAACUCCUGGCGAGUUCGGAACUCAACGGUCAUACACGCCAGUCAACACUGGAACAUCUGUGGUCGGCUUAAAAUUUGCGAACGGAGUGAUUAUUGCUGCCGACAAAUUGGUUUCAUAUGGCUCUCUGGCGCGCUACCACGACGUUGAUCGCGUAUACAAAAUCAACGACAAAACGAUUAUCGGAAUCGGAGGAGAUUUCGCCGAUUUUCAGUUCAUUAAACGUUACAUCGACCAAAAAGUUGUCGAUGACAUGUGUUUGGCUGAUAAAAACGAAUUGAAACCAAAAUCCCUCUAUAACUGGCUGACUCGGGUGAUGUACAACCGCCGAUGUGACUUCAAGCCGCUUUAUCUUGAUAUGGUAGUAGGAGGCAUUCAGGAUGAGGAACCAUUUCUAGGACAUGUCAAUCUUCGUGGACGUGCAUACACUAGCAACGUAGUAGCUACGGGGUACGGAACCCAUUUAGCAUUACCUCUUCUACGGGAAUAUUCGGAGAAUCCAACAGCUUAUUCAGGAUUAAAUCUUCAGAAAACCAACGAACUCGUGAAAAGCGUUAUGGAGGUUCUUUGGUACCGUGAUUGUCGCAGUGAUCCAAAGUAUUCACAAGUACUUUGUACCUCAGACGGCGUUCAGUUGGAUCAACAUUGCUUUGUCAAGCAAAAUUGGAAUCUGGCUACAAUGAUCAAAGGAUAUUGAAGAAGACAAUAAGUUUUAUUAAUAUUCCUGAUUAAAUUACAAUAAAUACAAUUUUCAGCAUCCUU